AUGGCCAAUAAUACAGAUGCAUCAGCAGUACUUGACAAGAGAAAACAUCCAUUUGGAGACUUAGGAAAACCAACCUUGAGAGGUGUCCGAAAAUGCCCAAAGUGUGGAACAUUAAACGGCACUCGUGGCAUUAGUUGCAAGAACAAAGAUUGUGAUGUUGUUUUUAAAGAACGGGAAAGGAAAAAGGGACACAGUGCUGAAUCUGUGAAGAUUAUAACAGAUUCUACAUUGCAGUUAUACUCAGUUCGAUUACGAGAUAGAGGUCCAGACUACAGAGGCUUUGUUCAACUUCCUUAUAUUCAAGAUAUGGAUGGUAAUCCCACCACAGUGUACGAUACAAACGUCUUAGUUGCGGCAUCUGUUUGCUACGUGGAAAGCUGCAACCGCAGUGGGACGCCAGACUCUAGUUCUAUACUGAAAGGCAAUAUGGAUUCAUGUAUACACAUUCGUUCCGCAGUGGAAUGCACAGAGCAGGCUCAGCCAAUAGGUCUGAAGAAUUCGGUAUUAAAUAGCUUGCAUGUUUCCCCAGAGACGAGACAAGCCAUUUGGUUUUUGGCAACUGACACUUCUGGCCCCGUAGUCCAGAGAGUGACAAAGAAUAUAAUGGUUGUGAAAUGCAAAGUGACUAAUAAGCAACCAUUGGGACUGUUACACUGUGCUUUCUUUGAAACAGCUAGGAACAGACAGCAGCCGGAUUAUAAAUUCCAGUGCACGUGCCAUGUAUUUAAGGUCAGAAAAGAUGUUACCAGGCGCUGUGUGCAUUUUUAUGCUUGUAUUUGUGCAUUUGCUAGUGAUGAAAGGUUGACUGAAGAAUUUGCCCACUUCAUAACUCUUGACCUGGGUAUUUUGCCUAGUUUUUUCCCAUCAUUAAGUCCUGAGAGGCAAGUUCUGGCUAUGUACCAGCAAGUUGAUGACAAACUGGCAGUGACCGCUGACACAGAUACCAUGGAGGUCAUUAUCUCAGAGGAUGAUUUGUUAGCAUCAGCUCCAGAGAAGAAAGUCAAGAAGGAAGAUUCUUUAGCUCAAGCCAGCAGUGCACUGCUGACCCUGCAGGAGCAGAAACAGCCCAUGCCUGUCAGUUUAUUCUCAACAGCACAGUCGUGUCCUAAGCCUGUCCAUCAGUCCAUCCAGUUUCAGUUCCAGCCGCAGCCAACGCAACCUCAGCAACAUGCUGUGCAGCAACCAGCAGCAAAACAAGUACCCAAAAAAAUUUCAUAUCAAACCACAGUUGAUGAGUUUGCUACAUCUGUCAGUUUUCAGCAGUGGUUGGCCAGUGUCACUGAGAGAAUCAAUCAGACCAUGCAUUAUGGGUUUUCAGGUACUCCAGAUCCACUAGUGUUCCAUGCUCCGCAGAUGUUUUUCGAUUGCCUGCAGCAAAGAAUCUCUGCAGGAACUAGGAAGAAACGUCUUCCCAACUUCACCACAGGUUUCGUCCGGAAGGAAGCUCUCCCUUUGGGCACUUUUAUUAAAUACACUUGGCACAUCACAAAUAUUGCACAGGUCAAGCAGAUAUUUGAUUCCACAGAGAUGAGUUUAGAUCUAACCAGAAGCUUUGUGGAGAAUCGAGAUGGAACUUAUGACCCAUAUGAAGCAUCACGUCCCGAAACGUUUAACGAAAACAAUAAAAUUAAAAACCACACUCCCAUCAGGCCAUUUGAGCUCAAGACAUUUUUAAAAGUUGGGCCUUCUAAUGAUCAAAAGGAAUCCACACCUUUCAUCAUAGAAUGGAUACCUGACAUACUGCCUAGAAGUCAUAUAGGAGAGUUGCGCAUCAAGUUUGAGUACGGACAUCAGAGAAAUGGACAGGUGGAGAAUAGGAAUAAUCGGAAUGUUUUGUCACCAGACGUGUCUCUGCAGUCACAAGCCAUACAGUUGAGAGAGAUUGUGCCUAGCUAG